CAGACUCGCUUUUCUGCCUGGUUUGCGGUACAGCCGCCAGAGUUACUGGUAUCCCGGUUUGAAUCAAGUCUUCAGAAGUUGAUCGCUGCAGUCAAAUUCCAUAGAAAACAGCACUUGCAUCUUGCUCUUAAAUUGCAGACCGCUAGCCAGCAUCAGCAAGAACAGACGGUUCAGCUGUCUCAAGAGUCUCAAGAGUAUUCAAGUCAACAUUAUGCACCAGCUGAUCAAAUUUAUUUAUGCCGGGAUAUUUCAACAGUCACCGAAGUGUCAAUGAAUGAAAAAGUUAACGGAGAUGCGGAAGGGGCAAAUUUAGUUGCGCCUUAUUCUCCCGAAAUCGAUCGUAGCAAAUAUUCAAAAGAAGCAGAGCUUCAUACUAUUAAUCCUUCUAGACUAAAAAUGGGCUCCAAAGAAUGGGAAAAACUGAGUUUGGAAAGGGGUUCGGAUCUUUGCCCUGCGACCUUAAAAAAUCCCUGGAGAACUUUUACCUGUCAUGCGAUGGGCAACAUCAGAGAGUAA